AUGGCCCGAGCAGCGGUCAUCCCCGCCUCCCCGCCGAAGCGCGCGACGCGUGGCCGUGCAAAGGGUAGCACCAGCACGAAGACGUCAACAGCGAAGCAGACAGGUAAAGUCAUAAGGGCGACAUCGGCAGCAGCGGCUACGGAUGCACGGAGGAAGAAUGCGCGGACAUUAACAACAAUGGCGCACGAUUCCGGGGAAUCAGAAGAAGACACGGAUGAUGAGAUUGGGGUUAUUGAUAAUAAGAGUCGCGGCAAGGCGACGACGAGUGCAACGAAAGGGAAGGCUGCGGCUUCUGCUGGGACGGGAAGGGGGAGGCCAAAGGCUACUGCUACAGCUGGGGAGGUAGAGAGCGAGAGCGAGGGUGAUGAUGAUGAGCUUGCUCAGUCGGAUGCGCCGAAGAAGAGGGCGGGAAGGAAGCCGAAGGCGGCGGCGAAGGAGAGCUCUGGGAAGACCGCGACUGCGACUACGUCUAGGCCACGAGGCCGGCCGAAGGGGACGACGGUGAAGCAAACAUCCACGACUGAAGAGGAUAUCCUCAAGGAGAACACGCGACGGAAUGCGCAGACGGGAGAUAGCGACGAUUUUUCGUCAUCUCAGGGACCUGCGGAGAUCUUCAUCAAAACUGGCUCGACUAUGAUUCGAGGUCCGCCGAAGAAGAAGAAGACCGUCACGUUCCAGGAACUUUCGGAGUCGGACUUUUCAGAGUCCGAUGAGGAGACUAACGAGCCUACUCUUCCGACUCGGCGACGGAGGGGGACAAUUGUUGCGAAAGACCAGGAUGGGCUUGGAGCGAAACCAGUUCGCAAGGCUCCCGCGGCAUCAACGAGGGGUCGGAAACCUGCCGCAGUCAAAAAGGACGGCGCUAAGCCUCUGUCGCCGAAGAAAGCUACACAGGUUGCUAAGGCGAUCUCGGCGUACGCAAGUUCUGACGGGGAGGAUGAACUGAGUGGAGCGAAAGAUGCUAUCAAGCUGGUGGUUCAUUCGCCAGAGAAACACGCAGUGAACACGGCUCUCAACUCACCAGUGCGAAGGAUAAAUUUCACUCCGAGUAAACCGUCCAAGGCACUUGAUGAAAAUGGAGAACCGAAUCUGCCACCCCCAAAGUUAUUUGAUUUUGGCGACUCGCAGUUCAUGUCAAGUCCUGCUCGUCGGCCUCCCCCGUCGCCUUUCCAUUUCACACUAAAGGAGACCCCCAAGCGCGCUGGUUUAUCAUUCCAUGAAAGCACAAACCAUUUGACUCGUCCAGAAUCUCCUCAGGCACAGAAUUCCCCGCUCAGAUUGUCUCCGAAGAAGGCUAAACUAGGAACACCAGCGCGAGGAAGCCUCUUUCUUCCUGAUGGGGCUCGAGUUCAGUCGCAGCCGAAUUUCACUCCUGCACGCGAUUCCCCUCUCAAAACGUCCCCUAAGAAAGGUAUCUUCGGCGCCUCUUUUUCUUCAUCUCAACAACCGCAACAACAAGCCUCGACACCUUUCAAGACCAGUCUGCUUAUGAGCCCCGCGCGGAAGGUCGUUACCCCAUUCAAGAGCUCUAUGACGCGUAUGCCGUCUUCAUUAGCCAAAGAGACUCGGAUACAAGAUGAUAGCGACGAUGAGACAGUAUCGAUGUAUGACCAGUCGCCGCUUCGAGCUCAGAAUAUGGGUGAGCCGAUCAAUUUUGAUGAGGAGGAACAGGAAGAGGAGCGGGCAGCUUCUGAAGAGUAUGAUGUGGACACCCUACAUCAAGAAAGCCCUGUCCAUGCACAGAAUGAGUAUUCACAGGAUGAAGAUGCUCAGUCUUAUUCUGCAGGAUCUGGUGAAGACGAGGAUCAAGAGAAUGUUCUUGAUGACGACGUCGCGCCUCUCCAGGUGGAGGAUCUUACUCAGGAUGAAGCCGAUAUGGAGGACUAUGCCGAAGCCGCUGAUGAGCCCGGGGUGGAUGAUUUGCACAUGGCCUCCGUUGAGGACGAUGUUACGGAAGAGGAAUAUGGGCCGGCGCCGGAAAAUACCUACGUAGAGGAAUUCGAUCAGGAAGAAGGCUCUGAAGAGAACGAACACACAACGAAUCUGCCGGAGCCAAUCCCUGAAGCAUGCAGCGUGCGAACCUCGACCUUCACAUUUACCCCCUUUGAUGUGCUAGAGGAUGUCUUCACUGAGAGCCCGACGAAAGAAACUCUCGACAAAGGAGCUCCAAUGGUGGAAGAGGAAGCGGCUGAUGAUCCCACGCCAUCUGAGGACGAAGAGCUCGCUGAGCUUGAGAUGUCCACUUAUCGCGAAAACAUUGAGACCGAGACCACACCUCAUGAAGCUGGCGAAGGAGAUCUGAUGAGUUCUGGCCCAGUACAGCCCUACGAGGUUGAGGAAGUCGCAGACACUCCAUUUGUCAACUUUCUCUUGACUCAUUGGGCCCCAACUCUACCAGUUGCUAAUGUACUUGAAAUUCCCACGUCUCCUGUGGUAGAGACAGAAAUCACCUCUCCAGAUGAACCAUCGGAGACUCGAGAUCCCUCCCCGGCCAAGUCUGUUCAGGAGCCAUUCUCAGAACACAGUGCUCGGAUCCCUCGGAAGGAAGUACCUCAAUCAGCACCCAACCGAGGACCACGCUUCACAUUGCUAGCUGAGCAACUGAGCCAAUGGAAAGCGAGUAGCCCUGCGAAGAACGAGGAAAGACGUCCUCGCCGUCGAGGCGUUUUCUCCCUUGCUGGAAGGCGCAGUGACGUUUCUCUUGUUUCUAGUGUUACUCCUCGGGCCCGCGCCACAGAUAUCUUCGCCAACGCCCCAACACUCCCACGGAUGACUCCUUCACGGAAUCGAGUUUUCUCCGCUCCAGUUCCUGUCGCAAGCCCUGAGAUUCACGAAGACGAGGAAGAGCCGGUGAUGGAUGCGGAUGUCCAAUCAGAGACACCUGUGAGGGAGCCAAUGGGGGAAAUAGCACCCGAAACUCUGUCUAGCCCAAAGGUCUUCGAAGAAACCAGGGACGAGCCAGAAGAAGAUGCAGCUGCAGUCUAUCCUACACUUGAGGACCCAGAAGACGAAAAGGAGAAUGAGGUCAUCCAAUCUCCAGCUCCCGCAACCCCACUUGGGAAUCCCCCGCUCAGCAUGCAGACUUUCCACACCGUGUCCAAGGUGCCCUUGAAGCCUGAGGGCGAGAUCUCACCGUUGAAGAUCUGCCGGAAACGUGGACGCUCUCUUUCAAUCGCUUCUCCUGUUCGAUCUUCUCCCAGACUGCGGAACUUCGUGCUGCCUCCGCCAGGACAAAUUGUUCCCGACUCACCUCCACGCAAAUCACCCAGGCUUCAAGAAGGGUCUGUUCGGAAACAAGCUCGAGAGUCUUUGAGCAAACCUGCUGAGCCUCAGCGGCCGCGAUCUAGAACACCCUCUCGCUCGGCCAGCCCCUCGAAAACGCCUCGCAAACAAGUUGCCGCCUACAACUACUGCCUUCGUGGGGCUGUCGUAUACGUAGAUGUUCAUACCACGGAAGGUGAAGACGCUAGCGGCCUCUUCAUCGAAGCGUUGCAGGAGAUGGGAGCCAGAUGUGUUAAGAACUGGUCAUGGAACCCGCGUGCCAGUCUAUCCCCGGAGGAGACUGCGGAGCCGAAAGAAGGCAGAGUCGGGAUCACUCAUGUGGUCUUCAAGGAUGGUGGCGUCCGUACGCUGGAAAAGGUUAGGGCGGCGGCUGGGUUGGUGAAGUGUGUGGGAGUCGGCUGGGUUCUUGACUGUGAACGCGAAAACAAAUGGCUUGACGAGACCCCGUACGCGGUCGACAGCUCCAUCAUUCCCCGCGGCGGCGCCAAGCGACGCAAGAGCAUGGAACCCCGAGCACUCGCCAAUGUCAACGGCACCCUCGUCAAGAACACUGUGCCCAGCACCUCAUCUUCAAACCGCCGCCAAUCCGAAGCCGCUCGCAACGUCGUUCGAAGCACAACGCCCGCCUCCCGCAACAACGACCCAUCCGCCCCCUCCACUCCGCAAACCACCAUCCGGAAACGCGAACCGGACUACAAAUUCUGGCAGACUCCCAAAACACCCAGUGCUGCCUCAUUGGGCUACAAUAUGGAUAGCAUUGGCAUGUCUCCCGCAACACCGUUCUACCUCUCGCAGCACUCGAAGCUCGUCCAGCAGACGUGCCCGCCGAAGCAGACGCAACAAGGUCUGUUUUCGAAAUCCGGGCCUGCGGACGAGGAGACGUCGCAGCGGUUGAAAGCCAAGUUGGAGGCUGCGCGACGCAAGAGUUUGGCGUUUAAGCCCGCUGUGGGGAGCCCGCUUGUCGACUGA